AUGUCAGAAGUCAAAAUGGAAGACCAUCCUGACCACUGGAAGUCGACUCUCCUAGGCGAGGGCUUUUGGAAAGACGCAGAGGUCUUUAACCAAGUCGUAAACGAUGAUAUCGAGGCUGAACAAGAACAAAUUCUCGACAAGUUUCCCUUCAACCUAGGCCCAGAGCAGGGUCCUGAAGACGAGUACGUGCAGGAACAACCCCAGCAGCAAGGCCGCCGUCGCCGCCGUUUUAGCAUGAACGAUGCUUUCAGCUUGAGCUCCCUCAACCUCAGCCCUAGUCGCCUCCUUGGUCGACGUUCUCGCUCUAGCUCUCGCUCGCACUCACCUACACGCCCCCCCAGCGUUCUAUCAGAGACCCAUCGAACGAGUUCACGGCUACGUUUAGCAUUCACCAUGUCAAGCAACAACAACAGAAAGAAAAGAGACGACGACGCCGAUACCGACUCCAUCUACUCAAUCCCACUCCGCGGUCCAAACGACCCAGGUACCCCUGAAAAACCACUAAUGUUCUUCCGCGGUGGUGCAUCUUGGAACGUCCUUACUAGAGACAUGCAAGCGAUAGGCAUCGAUCUAUUCUGGCCCGUCAAGCAGGACCAGGAAGGUGAUCGAGAGGUCCUACAUAUCGAAGAGAUGGCCCCGCUAUGCCAGUUCCGCGGACUACGUGUGCUGAAAAUCACGGGUAUGUUGCAGUCGUACCAGAAGUACAUCUGGCAAGCUGCGUGGUUGAACACGGAACUCGAGGAGCUGGAACUGGGUAUGGCGAUUGGACCACGCAUCCGGCGGAAUUUUCCCGGUGACUGGCCUUUUAUCAAGGGUGGGUGGGCUUUGAAGCAGGAUACCUAUGGUGAACCGGUUUACUACGGCCACAUGGGCACCGGAAACCUCCACCGUACCAUCGGCAUUGGCGAAUACCUCGACAAGACCAGCAUCGAAAAGGCCAAAGUCCGCGCCAUGGCCACGGGUCGCACGCUGAAUCGCAUCUCCAUCAAGACCUUAACGCUAAACGGCUUCGUGGUCGACGCAGAUCCGAUACUCCUCUGGUUUGAUCCAAAAAUGCUUCGUUGUAUCAACUUCCGAGAUAACUGCGUCGACGCGGGGUUUUAUCUUUGUCGACCGAUGAGGAAGGUUGAGGUGAAGUUUCCUACGGAGAUUGAGGAGAAGGCUGUUACUGUGAGGAAGGUUGAUGUACGUAAGGAGUUGAAAAUUGUGGAGUUGAGGGGUGGGAAGAAGGUUAGCGAGAAGACAGAACACCCUGAUACUGAACGGAAAAUGGGUAACAUGGCACUCGACAGUCCUAAGAAAGAGGGAAUUAGGACUACUACGGUUGUCGAAAUCGAGAACAUGCCCGCAUAUGACUACAAUGGAGACGGUGGUUCUUAUGCAUACUACCGCAAUGUGUUCGUCAGUAUACCUCCAGAACAUUCAGAUUGUGACUGGGACUGA